AUCUGCUAAGUCGCCGGCUGGAGGUGCUGUGUCUCCUACCGCAGAGGAAGGAGGGCGGUCGGCCGGGCGGGCUGUAUAAAGACAGCGGCUCCCGGGCCAAGCUCUCAGUCUCUCGGAGUUGCCGGGCAGCCGGGGUCAGGAGCCGCGAGGACGGACAGCUCAGCCCAGCCCAGCCCAGUCCAGCCCCGCUCAGCCCAGCCCAGCCCGCCGGCGCCUCCCAGGUAAGGCUCGCCGUGGGCUCCUCUCUCCCACUGGCUCGCUGGGGGCCCGGGACGGCGCGAGGCAGCGGGGCAGCCGGCCUCGCCGCUCGGACGGGGUUUGCUGGGGCUGGCGUGUUCUGCCCGGGUCCCCCCAGAGGCUGGAGAGGAAGCUGCUUCUCCCCAAGCACGCCCCCGGCUCUGGCGCCCGCGCCCCCGGGGACCUCCCUGCAGCCCCUCCAGGGACAGAGAACUCCACGAAGUUGGGUCCCCUCUUUGUUCCCCUCUCUGUCGGCCGUGCUAAGGUGGACGGUGACUCCCCAGGGCUGGGGACAAAGGUUGUUUACUUGGGUCUUUGCCAGUCGUCAUGGAUCUCUUCUCCUUUGAUUACUCGGAACCCGGGAAUUUCACGGACCUCAACUGGACCUGCCCCAAUGGAGAUUGCAUCACUGUGGACACCGUCAUGUGCCCUAGCACGACGAGCCGAAACGUCCUGUUGUACACCCUCUCCAUCUUUUACAUUUUCAUCUUUGUGGUGGGCAUGAUUGCCAACUCCGUGGUGGUGUGGGUGAAUCUCCAGGCCAAGACAACAGGCUACGAAACUCACCUGUACAUCUUCAACUUGGCCAUCGCUGACCUGUGCGUGGUCGUCACCAUCCCCAUCUGGGUGGUCUCCCUGGUCCAGCACAACCAGUGGCCCAUGGGAGAGCUCACCUGUAAGAUUGCUCACCUCAUCUUCUCCAUCAACCUCUUCGGCAGUAUCUUCUUCCUGACCUGCAUGAGUGUGGACCGUUACCUGUCCGUGACCUACUUCAGCAACACCAGCAGCCACAAGAAGAAGGUCGUGCGCCGGCUCAUCUGUAUUCUCGUGUGGCUGCUGGCCAUCUGCGUGUCCCUGCCGGACUCGUACUAUCUGAAGACCGUCACGUUGGCGGCCAACAAUGAGACGUACUGCCGCUCCAUCUAUCCCGAGCACAGCAUCAAGGAGUGGCUGCUGGGCAUGGAGCUGCUCUCCGUGAUCCUGGGCUUCAUCAUCCCUUUCUCCAUCAUCGCCAUCUUCUACUUCCUGCUGGCCAGAGCAAUCACGGCCUCCGGUGACCAGGAGAAGCACAGCAGCCAGAAGAUCAUCUUCUCCUAUGUCAUCGUUUUCCUCAUCUGCUGGCUCCCCUAUCAUGCCGUGGUGCUCCUCGAUAUCUUCUCCUUCCUCCACUUUAUUCCCUUCAACUGCCAGCUGGAAAACUUCCUCUACACGGCUCUCCACGUCACCCAGUGUCUGUCCCUGGUGCAUUGCUGUGUCAAUCCCGUACUGUAUAGCUUCAUUAAUCGAAACUACCGGUACGAGCUGAUGAAAGCCUUCAUCUUCAAGUACUCGGCCAAAACAGGUCUCACCAAACUCAUCGAUGCCUCCAGAGUAUCGGAAGCAGAGUACUCCGCCUUGGAGCAGAACGCCAAAUGACCAGGGGCGGCCAUCCCCAGAGACAUCCCUUAGAACUUCCGUGCUGGACUUUCAUGGGGCACAAAGCCAAGCCAAACCCGCUUCCGGUCAGUUUCCUAUGUAGUCAUCUGUUUGUUUCUUCUUGGUGCCCACGUAAGUGGCCAGCCCCGACCAUGGAAAAAGAAAGUUUGGCAUUCGCAGCCUUUGGGCACCGUUGUGGACAUCGUGCUCUGCUUGAAGACACCGUGAGAGAGCGUUCCCGAGUUCCAGUGUAUAUUCUAUAUGGUGUAUUGUAUUUAAGACCUAAGACUUUUUUCAAUUCUCUGGUUAUCAGUGUACUUAAUACAUUGUAUUUGAAAGUUAAAUCUAUUUUUAUCUUUUAUUUGGAGUCGUGUAUCCAGAGUGCUAUAGUUUCAGUGUUAGCAUGGAUCGUUGUUGACUGUUCUAUGACUGAGGAGGACUUUCAUUGUUAGCUGGAUGGAGAGUAUAUGUAUAUAAAUAUCUAUCUAUAUAUAUGUUGGUCUGGAUUGAAAUAUUUUAUUUGCAAUAGCUUUAUAUGUGUAUGGUGGCGUACACUAGCAUGGGGCAUGAAACAUGAGCUGUUUGCUUUAAAAUAUAGCCUGUGGCAUGAACAGUAUUGUAAGGUUAGGGUUAACGCAAGACCGUGGGCCAACUUGGUCACCAGAUCCCCAGGAGGAACAGAGAGGGCUUAUUACAGAGUUCUAUUUGUAACUUAUUUUUGAAAAUAAAGGUCUUUGAUCCAAAGGCA